AUGGAAUCAAAAUCAAAUAAUUCACAAAAUCAAUCAUCUAUAUUCCUUCAUGAUAUAUUCAAUGCAAAAACUGCUCCUGUUACACCAUGUCGUAGAAUAAAACAACAUCAACACAACUAUACUACUAAAAUAUCCGAUACAGGAAUAUCAAAUUAUGAACAGAAAAAGUGUACAAAUAUCACUACUACUACUACUACUACUGACAAUGAUAAUAAUAAUAAUAGUACUAGUAGUAAGCAUAAAUCUUCUACAAUGCUUGUUACUAAUACAUCAUUUAAAGAUUUAAAUAGCGGACAUUAUCAAAGAAAGAAAAAUCUAUCCUAUUGUAAUGCAUCUACUGAACAUGGGAAGAAAAUCUCUGUUGCUAAACGAUUACUUCAUAAUUUUCCACUUAGUAGUUCACCUUCAAUACUCCAUCAAUCAUUGUUUAUAUCACCUCAAAAAGAUCAUUCAUUUAAUAUUUGUACUACAUCAUUAACAGAUAAUAUUGAUCCAAUUCAUUAUCGUCUUUCACAAACAUUUCCAUUUGUAUUGCCUACAUCAAAAAUAAGAUCAUCAUCGUUACAUUUACCUAGGUUAUCAUCACAUCAACAACAAUCUCAACAUUAUUCUUCUACAAAUCUAUCUCAUUUAGCCUUAGCUGCUCUUGCAGCUGUCCAAGUAACAAUUUCUAAUAAUAAUAAUGCAUAUAAACAUAUUACACAUGAUGAGAAUGUUACUUUUGUUCAUCGUCAUCAUCAUUCCCCGGUUUUAAUGUCAACAUCGAAUUUUUCUCAUUCACAAUCCUCUCCAGUGAACUCUACUUAUUUGAAUAUAAAAUUGGCAAAUAAUUUAGAAGUAAUUCGAGAAGGUCCUUUACUAUGUUGUACUACCUCUUUAACAUCAUUUAAAAUUGCCAAGUUUCAUAAUUCAUCAUCAAUCAGUAGUAGUAAUACAUCAUCAUCAUCACCACCACAAUUGUCAACUUCAUUUACAGAUCAUUUCAAUAUUUCCACGAUUCCAUUUUGUCAAACUCUUCAUAAUAUGAAUCCAUCAACUCUGAAAUUACAAGUAAAUAAUAAUCAAUCACCAAUAAAACAACAAAAUAAGUUAAAUAUACAAACAGAAAUGAAUUAUAAUCUACAUGAAAUACAUUCACCAUCUACUAUUACUGCUAAUCUUUCAUAUUCUUAUUCACAAACUUCUUUAUCUUCCAUGAUGUCUACUUCGUUAUCGUCUUCCUCUUCUUCGUCUAAUAAUAAUAAUAAUAAUAAUAAUAAUAAUAAUAAUAAUAUCCAUGAUGGUGAACAAUCUACAAACUAUAGAAAUGAACAUUUAUCCCCUCAAUUAAUUUCUACUAAUUGUCAUUGUAAAUAUCUAAGAAAAUCUUUAUUUUCACGUACAUUUUAUAAAAAAUUUAAAAAUUAUUGGGCUGUACUACUUAUUUCAUUAAAUAAUAAUAAUAAUAAUGAAUAUGCUUUUUAG